AUGUUAAAAUCAUUUUUAGGUUUAGUAACAUAUUACAUUAAAUUUGUUCCAAGAGCAGCGGACAUUCUUAAACCGUUAUACUCAUUACUAAGACAAGAAAAAAAAUGGCUAUGGUCACCAGAAUGUGAUCAAGCAUAUAAUAACAUAAAAAAAAUGCUUAUCUCAAGUCCUGUGUUAGCACAUUAUGACCAAAAACUUCCCAUAAAACUCACGGUCGAUUCUUCGUCAUACGCACUAGGUGCAAUCAUAUCGCACACUUAUCCUGACCACUCAGAAAGACCAAUUGCAUAUGCAUCACGAGUAUUGUCAAGCAGUGAAUGCAAAUUUCCACAAAUCGAAAAAGAAGGUCUAGCCAUAAUUUUUGGUGUUCAAAAAUUUUACGAUUAUUUAUACGGUAGAAAAUUUACAUUCGUUACUGGUCACAAACCAUUAAUCCACAUAUUUGGAGAAAAAAAAGGAAUACCAAUUUAUGCGGCAAAUCGCUUACAACGUUGGGCAUACGUUCUUUCUUCAUUCGAUUUUGAAAUUAAGUAUAUUAAAUCAGAAGGAAAUACUGCUGAUUUUUUAUCCCGCAUUAAAACAAACCAAUGCAACAAUAAUAUUAAUGAAUAUGACGACGCUCACAUAAAUUUUAUUCACGAACAGUCACCAUUUCCGCUAGAUUGGCACAAAAUUAAAAUUGAAACGAAAAGAGAUCCAAUUACCUCUAGAGUAUUACACGCUACAAAAACAGGUUCAUGGAGUAAUGACUUUUCAAUAAAUUCCGAAUUAAACUCGUAUAAUACACGCAAAACAGAAAUUACUGUUGAACAAGAUUGUUUAUUUUGGGGCUAUAGAGUAAUCAUACCAACCAAAUUCCGUAUGUCAAUUCUAACUGAACUGCAUUCUUGUCAUAUUGGCAUGUCGAGUAUGAAAAGCAUUGCGCGUUCGUAUUUCUGGUGGCCUAGUAUAGAUAAAGAAAUUGAGGAUAUGGUCCGAAACUGCAAUGAAUGCAUAAGUGCGAGACCUAAUCCUCCUAAGUCAGUACUAACUCCGUGGAAAUGGCCACAAAGACAAUGGACGAGAGUGCAUUGCGAUUUCUUAGGUCCGUACAAAAAUAAAACAUUCUUAAUUAUUGUCGAUGCAACCACAAAGUGGCUAGAAGUUUUUCAAGUAAAUUCGAUGACAGCACAAACGGUCAUAACAAAACUGUCUGAGUUAAUUGCACGUUUUGGCAUUCCCAGAACAAUAACAACUGACAAUGCAAAAUGUUUUAAUGGCGAUGAAUUCCAGUCAUAUUGCAAGACACUAGGUAUCAGGCACUUGACAGGGGCACCUUUCCACCCAGCCUCAAAUGGAUUUGCCGAAUCUGGAGUAAAAAUAGUUAAGCAAUUUUUUAAUAAAUGUUCAACAUCAUUACACCAUUUGAAUAAAUUUUUAUUGAUGUAUAGAAAUACUGUACACUCAACCACAAAUGAAACGCCAGCAAAACUUAUGUUUGGCCGCUCAACACGAAAAAGAGAUAUUAAUAUAAAAGAGGGUGAUUUGGUAUUAGUUAAGGAUUAUCGAAAUAAAAAUGAAAAUUGGCAAAAAGGAAAAAUAACAGAAAACAUUAGUAAAAACACUCAUAAAAUCAUACUAGACGAGGGUUCUGAAUGGAUAAGACACACUGAUCAGAUAUGGCCACACAACCAAAUAAAUAACUCACUGUCACCUACACCAGCUAGACAAGCAAAUGAAAAUUCUAAAAAUACUGAAACAGUAGGUGAAAAUCAAAAUCCCGAUCCGGCCGAUCCCGUAAUAGUAAAUAAAACACCCAGACCAUUUAGAUCUAGAAAACCGCCUCAGCGAUAUUCUCCAAGUGAUUAUGCUUAG